GCGAGAGCGUGCCGCAAGGAGAGACGCCCGGCCAGAUUUCGAUAUUUCGAUCGCCGCGCAUCGCGAUCAUCCACGAUCAUCGCAGGUACAUUGCGUGUCGAGCGGAAUCGCCCCGGUUUUCUUGCUAGGAAAGGCAUCGAUCGAUCGUCGUCUCACUGCUCUGGCCGCUCCCUCGGCUUUCACGCUUUUCCUCUGCGCGGUUGAAUUCCAGGCUAGGAUUCCCGUGAUAGGGCUUUGGCAUCCCCCCGCUUUUCGCCUCCUCUUUGGCCGCCAUUGAAUGGCUUCCCCCACAUUCCUCGCUUUUCUUUGAAUGCGCUCCCAAAUCUCCUCCUCUCCAUGAAAAGCAGGGGCCAAGAAGCAGCGUUUCUUUGCAUCGAGAUGGCCGCCUCCGAGUCUCCAGCUCCCCAGGUCGCAGAGAAUUUCCCAGACUGCCACGGCACGGCGCCAGCAGCGACAGGCUAUGGAUGGCUGAGCCCUCGGAUUUCGUUCUCGACAGAUUUUGGGGUCCUCGCAGGGAAAGAUUCGCCACGCAGGGAGGAGGCAUCGGGCGUCCUGGAAUGGUCCACCGAAUUCGAGUUUAGCCUCUCCAUCGAGUGCCCCGGGGGGUCGCCAGCCGACGAGAUCUUCUGCGAGGGGAAGCUCGUCCCGCUCCAAUUGCUGCCCUCGUCUCAUCGAUCGCCAAUCCUGCUCGUCAAGGAGCUGCUGGAGGAGGAAUCGGGCGGUGGCUCAUCGCGGGACAGGUCGUGUGCUUCGUCGGGAUGUGCCUCGCCUCUCAUUGUCAAGUCGGCAUCGUUUCCUCCCGGAUCGCCCACGGUAGUUCUGCCAGCCGGGGAGAUUUUGGGACGGGGUUUCCACGCCACAGCAAGCAGCAAAGGGAAUUCUUCCAAGUCGUACUACCCAGGCCUCCACACUCUCAAGCUCGUGACGCUGUUCUUCCGGCGGCAAUUGGGAAGAACUCCGCCACCAAGGCCAGCUCCUGUUCCAUCGCCCAGUGGCGACGGCAAUUCGGCGCAACCCGGUGACACCACUCCCUCCGUCAUCGAGUUGACACGAUCCAGCUCAACUAGCAGCUCCGGAAACUCGCGCCGGCGAUCAAAGUCAACCAACUCGGGCCGGAUCCUGUGGAUGAAUCUGGAGAGGUGUAGCAGGAAGAACGCGGACCAGAGCAAGAACAGGAGGAGGAGGAGAGCGAAUCCGGGCGACAAAACAGGGUCGUCGUCGUCGUCGUCGUCCGGAGCGCCGGGAUCUUUCUCGUCGAGCGUGAGGGUGGCGCCGGUUCUAAACGUUCCGAUGUGCAUGGGGCCGGUGAGGGAGACCAAGAGUACACUGGCGGGCCUCCGCAAGCUGUUUCAUGGGAGGAAGGCGGGGUUGCAGAGGGUGACUUGGGCUUGUCCGGGCGGCGCAGUCUAGCGGAAAGGCCUGGAGGAGUUUCGGAGGCUUCGAAACGUUUUCUCGAGUACUAUACUAUCAUAAGGAGGUGACACCGUCCGUUAUGCGAGACUAGAUCAGGCCUAAAUAUGAUCGAGUAGCAGCAGCGGCAGAGAUGAGCAAUCUAGGAGAGAUUCUGGCUCCGAAACGUAAACGUAAAUCCCAGCAGCGCAGCUAUCCGUGACUGAGGCAUGAGGAGCUUUUCAUUCGACGCGCUGCGUACGUUUUUCGUCUCGCACAAGACUGACGUCAGCUGUUGGCGGUGGGCGAUCUUCUCCGAACUUCUUCUCUCGCGUCGCUCGGCGGUGACGGCCGAUUGAGGAAGGGAAUGUCCGCAGCUUUCUGAUGAAUCCGUGGGCGUUGUUGGAGACAAUGAGAGGCCAGCAGCCGCAGCAGCAUUGACAAAAAGGAUGAAACGAACUCCGUCAUGCAGCAGGAUCAACGUGCAGCAGUGCAAGAAUCUAAAAGCGAAAAGAGCUUGUGCAAUGCAAAAUCGAACUUCAGUGACACACAAAGGUAUGAUGUUUGUUCAAUCUCAACUUGAGCAGGGAUUACUUCGCUACCAGUAGCACAAACUCUUCACUUGAGCGGACAGCAUGGUGAAUGCUUCGUAGAACAUGAGAACAACGAGAGUAUACUCAGGUUUCUUCCGGUUUAGCGGCUUGAGUGGUGCUCAAACGUUCCUGUGUAAAGGGAGAAAUCAAAGAUCAGCAAAGGUCAUGGUGUGAGAUCC